AUGAGACAAAAAUCCUUUCCACAGCACCUCGACCUCGAGGAUGAGGCACUGGCCGAGGACACCGCACCGCCACCUCCGUAUGGAAGCCAAUAUGGCGAGAUCCGUGAUGAAAAGAACGGGACGGGUACCAGUGCCCAGCUCACCGAAGAUGGUCGAAUCGCUAUCCGGAUCAAUCACUUCAGUCGUCAAUUGUCCCAAAUUUUGGCCCCAGCACUCAAUCAGCAUGACCAGGGGGCUGGAGACAGUCAUCCUCCCCUAUACAGUCCUCCACCUACAGCGCAGGGCAGCGACCCACCCUCCCGGCCACCUCUUACCUUGAACAUCGUGAUUCAGGUGGUGGGCUCUCGUGGAGACGUUCAGCCCUUCGUGGCGUUAGGAAAGGUCUUGAAAGAGACUUACGGCCAUCGGGUACGGUUGGCAACGCACUUCACCUUUAAGGAGUUUGUGCAGCAGCAGGGUCUUGAGUUUUUCAGCAUUGGCGGCGACCCUGCCCGCUUGAUGGCCUUCAUGUUCAAAAACCCUGGUCUGAGGCCUAGUUUUCGGAGUGUGAUGAGUGGUGAUGUCGGCCAGCAACGACGAUACGUAGCCGAGUACAUCCAGGGCUGCUGGCGAUCCUGUUAUCGGGCAAAUGAUAGUACAGUCGAGGACGAUGGGUCUAAUAUGUCGGAAGGCGAGACCCAUUCGAGGCCGGAGAUAAAGCCCUUUGUAGCCGAUUGUAUCAUUGCCAAUCCUCCGAGCUUCGCCCACGUUCAUUGUGCAGAGAAACUAGGAAUCCCGCUCCAUAUGAUGUUCACGAUGCCCUAUUCCCCGACGCAAGCCUUUCCGCAUCCCCUGGCCAACAUUCAAGCCACGAAUACCGACCCGCGACUGGCAAAUUACAUCAGCUACGCUUUGGUUGAAUUGCUUUCAUGGCAAGCUCUUGGGGACAUCAUCAAUCGAUUCCGGGUCAAGUGUCUGGAUCUGGAUCCGAUCAGCGUCAUCUGGGCCCCGGGGAUGUUACAGCGGCUGCAAAUCCCACAUACUUACUGCUGGUCUCCCGCCCUGAUUCCUAAGCCAAAAGAUUGGGGCGCUCAUGUCUCAGUCGUCGGCUUUUUCUCUCUUCCAACAACUCCGGGUUACACGCCAACACAUGACUUGCAGGCCUUCCUUGAUGCUGGACCACCGCCGAUCUACAUUGGAUUUGGAAGUAUUGUGCUCAAUGACCCGAACGCACUUACUAGAAUCAUCUUCACUGCGGUGAAGCAGACAGGCCAGCGCGUGCUCCUAUCCAAAGGCUGGGGAGGUGUGGGCUCGGAUGAGUUGGGGAUUCCUGAUGGGGUCUUUGUGCUUGGGAACGUACCGCACGACUGGCUCUUCCAACGCGUCUCGUGUGUCGUACAUCACGGUGGUGCGGGUACGACAGCAGCAGGCAUCGCCGCAGGCCGGCCGACAGUUGUUGUCCCUUUCUUUGGAGACCAGCCAUUUUGGGGUGCAAUGAUUGCACAGGCAGGGGCAGGCCCUGAUCCGAUUCCCCAUAAACAACUGACGGCCGACAAUUUGGCCAAGGCCAUUAAGUUCUGCUUCACGUCCAGCUGCCAAGAGCGCGCCCUGGAACUGGCGGACAAGAUUGCAGCGGAGAAUGGCUGCCAUACAGGUGCGCAGUCUUUCCAUCAGCGUCUCGAUCUGGAUCGGCUCCGAUGCACUCUCGCCCCGUCCCGGCCCGCCGUGUGGCGUCUCAGGCGUACGAAGGUCACCUUGAGCGCUUUCGCAGCGUACACACUAGGGAAUGCAGGGCUAUUGGAGAUCAAUGAUCUCAAGCUGUUUCGGGCACAGGAAUACCAAACCGAUGAAGGCCCGUGGGACCCCAUCUCCGGGGGAUUCACUGCGUUUGUGAGGGCAUUUAGCGGCAUGACGGUCGGGCUCGCCGACGUGCCCUCGGAAACCGUCAGGGCGUUGAAGAAGCCGGUUGAGCGGAGCCGACGACAAUCCCGGGCCUCGGUCUCGACGGCCACGAGUCCAACCCACAUGUCGCAAGUACCAAGGGAUUCAAGCUUGUCAAGCUCGUCACCACAAGCAAAAGCUCGGCGGAGUCGGAAAGACUCAGUGAAGGAGAGUGUAGUGACUCUCACACCUGCUUCUUCUGUCCUCACCGGUAGCCAGACAGGACCUGAUGCCGGCGUGCAGACUGACAUGCUGCGUCCGACGGGCGUACACAUGACAAGGGGCGCCGGACGCUUCGCUAAGGCCGUUGUACAAGGGCCAGUGGACAUAUCCGUCAACUUGGUGAGGGGCUUUCACAAUAUGCCGCGGCUCUGGGGCGAUGAUACGAUUCGCCCGCAAGAGAGGGUCGGCGACUUCAAGUCUGGCAUGAAGGCUGUGGGCAGGGAGUUCAGCUACGGCUGGUACGAUGGUAUCACCGGCCUCGUCACCCAACCCUGGAAAGGUGCCCAGAAAGAAGGUGCCGGUGGCUUCUUCAAGGGGGUGGGGAAAGGGGUUGGGGGCUUCUUCGCCAAGUCGAGCGCAGCGUGCGUCGGUAUUCUUGGCCAUACGAUGCAGGGGGUCAGCAAAGAAGUGCAGAAACUGUUCAAAAAUGACGUGCAAGACUAUAUCAUCGCAUCCCGAGCGGCUCAGGGUUAUGAUGAAUGGCUACAGGCGUCGGAAACCGAGAAAGAAGACAUCAUCACCCAAUGGAAAGCGAUUCAGAAAACCUUGAAAAAAAGGUACGUGCCGCAUGAGGAACAGCCUAAAGUGUGUGAGAUACCACAGAGGCAGGAUUCCAUCGGCAGUACCGGCGCCUGGAGUGAGGAUCUUCUGAGGGACUCCCUUGAUAUGGAUCUCUGGUCAUUGCAGGAAGAAAAUGAAGCUACAAUGGCUCACGACGCCGCUCAUGGCACUGUCCGAAGCAGCGCAGAGAACGCGCUACCACCUCCACCGUUUCCUCACAGUGAAAAUACUGAAACACAUCCGAGCCCUCGUGAUGAAAAGACGCCGCAGGAGAAAACGGAAGAGGACAUUGUUUUGGAAUACAUCAAGAAGCAGAGUCUGCUGGAAUUACAACAUCGAAACAAUAGCCGAGGCACUGGGGCUGAAAGAACGAUCGUGCACGGAGGCCAGAAUGGCAAGGCGGAAAUUGCUCACAAUGAUGAUGACGAUGACGAUGAGGACCUGCAGAGAGCGUUGAAGUUGAGCUUGCAAGAGCAUGAACGACGAGAUUCAUAA